GGCUCCGGGCCCAGGUGAAUGGAGUAACGUGACAGCGGGAACGAGGCGACGGCGAGCGGCAGGAAAUGGCGGCGGCGGCGGCGGCGCCGGGCGGCACCGGGAGGCCUGGGCUGUGACGCGCGCGCCGGAGCGGGGGUCCGAUGGUUCUGGAAGGCCCGCGGCGCCCAGUGCUGCAGGUUACCUAGGUUAUGCAUAAAAACAGACUUGGAAACUCUGAAAGAACUUAGAGUCAGCAUUUCGAGAGCAGAAGCUUGGGCAUGCUGUGAUUUUCCCAUAACCUAUCACAAUGUCAGAAUGCAGUUCAGACAGCAGCAACACAGAGCUCGCAGACAUUAAAACGGAGGAUAGGUCAGCACUCAGCAAGAUUUGCCUUGGGGGUGUCUUGUAAGUGAGAGUGGUGGCUCUUAAGCGCAGAGGACAGUGCUCUACAACACCAGUGUAGCUGAUGUAAGCUGUGCUAGAACAAAAUGCAAUGAAAGAAACACUGGAUGAAUGAAAAGCCCUGCUUUGCAGCCCCUCAGCAUGGCAGGCCUGCAGCUCAUGACCCCUGCUUCCUCACCAAUGGGUCCUUUCUUUGGACUGCCAUGGCAACAAGAAGCAAUUCAUGAUAACAUUUAUACGCCAAGAAAAUACCAGGUUGAGCUGCUGGAAGCGGCUCUGGACCAUAACACCAUUGUCUGCUUGAACACCGGCUCAGGGAAGACGUUCAUCGCGGUCCUGCUCACCAAAGAGCUGGCCCAUCAGAUCAGGGGUGACCUCAACCCACAGGCAAAAAGGACCGUGUUCCUCGUCAACUCUGCAAACCAGGUUGCUCAACAAGUGUCAGCUGUCAGAACUCACUCAGAUCUGAAGGUUGGGGAGUACUCAAACCUAGAAGCAAGUGCAUCUUGGACAAAGGAGCAAUGGAGCCAAGAGUUUACUAAGCACCAGGUUCUCAUUAUGACUUGCUAUGUCGCCUUGAAUGUUUUGAAAAAUGGUUACUUAUCACUGUCAGACAUUAACCUUUUGGUGUUUGAUGAGUGUCAUCUUGCGAUUCUAGACCAUCCUUAUCGUGAAAUUAUGAAGCUCUGUGAAAGCUGUCCAUCGUGCCCUCGAAUUUUGGGACUAACUGCUUCCAUUUUAAAUGGGAAAUGUGAUCCAGAGGAAUUGGAAGAAAAGAUUCAGAAACUGGAGAAGAUUCUUAAGAGCAAUGCUGAGACUGCAACUGACCUGGUGGUCCUAGACAGAUACACUUCUCAGCCAUGUGAGAUUGUAGUAGAUUGCGGACCAUUUACUGACAGAAGUGGGCUUUAUGAGAGAUUACUGAUGGAGUUAGAGGAAGCACUUAAUUUUAUCAAUGACUGUAAUGUAUCUGUACAUUCAAAGGAACGAGAUUCUACUUUGAUUUCCAAACAAAUUCUCUCAGACUGUCGUGCGGUGUUGGUUGUUCUGGGACCUUGGUGUGCGGAUAAAGUAGCUGGAAUGAUGGUAAGAGAACUUCAGAAGUACAUCAAACACGAGCAAGAGGAGCUACACAGGAGAUUUUUAUUGUUUACAGACACUUUGCUAAGGAAAAUACAUGCACUGUGUGAAGAGCACUUCUCACCUGCCUCACUUGACCUGAAGUAUGUAACUCCUAAAGUAAUGAAACUGCUCGAGAUCCUGCGAAAAUACAAACCCUAUGAGCGACAGCAAUUUGAAAGUGUUGAGUGGUACAAUAAUAGGAAUCAAGAUAAUUAUGUGUCUUGGAGUGAUUCUGAGGAUGAUGAUGAUGAUGAUGAAGAAAUUGAAGAAAAAGAAAAGCCAGAGACAAAUUUUCCUUCGCCGUUUACCAAUAUCUUAUGUGGAAUUAUUUUUGUGGAAAGAAGAUACACAGCAGUUGUCCUAAACAGAUUGAUAAAGGAAGCUGGCAAACAAGAUCCAGAGCUGGCUUACAUCAGCAGCAACUUUAUAACUGGACAUGGCAUUGGAAAGAACCAGCCUCGCAGCAAACAGAUGGAAGCAGAGUUCAGAAAGCAAGAGGAGGUACUUAGGAAAUUUCGAGCACAUGAGACCAACCUGCUCAUUGCAACAAGUGUUGUAGAAGAGGGUGUGGAUAUUCCCAAGUGCAAUCUGGUGGUUCGUUUUGACUUGCCGACGGAGUAUCGAUCAUAUGUUCAAUCUAAAGGACGUGCACGAGCCCCGAUCUCUAACUAUGUAAUGUUAGCAGACACAGACAAGAUAAAGAGCUUUGAAGAAGACCUCAAGACCUACAAAGCUAUAGAGAAGAUCUUAAGAAACAAAUGUUCAAAGUCAGUGGAUGGUGCUGAGGCUGACGUCGAUGCUGUUGUAGAUGAUGACGAUGUUUUCCCGCCAUAUGUACUGAGGCCUGAUGAUGGGGGUCCACGAGUCACGAUCAACACUGCCAUUGGACACAUCAACAGAUAUUGUGCUCGAUUACCAAGUGACCCGUUUACGCAUCUAGCUCCCAAAUGUAGAACCCGAGAAUUGCCUGAUGGUACAUUUUAUUCAACUCUUUAUCUUCCGAUUAACUCACCUCUUCGAGCCUCCAUUGUUGGUCCACCAAUGGGCUGUGUACGCCUGGCUGAAAGAGUGGUAGCUCUCAUUUGCUGUGAAAAGCUGCACAAAAUUGGUGAACUGGAUGAACAUUUGAUGCCCGUUGGGAAAGAAACUGUUAAAUAUGAAGAAGAGCUUGACUUACAUGAUGAAGAGGAGACCAGUGUUCCAGGCAGACCAGGAUCAACCAAGCGAAGGCAGUGCUACCCCAAAGCAAUUCCAGAGUGCUUGAGGGAGAGUUACCCCAAACCCGAUCAACCUUGCUACCUGUAUGUGAUAGGGAUGGUCUUAACUACCCCGCUCCCUGAUGAGCUCAACUUCAGGCGGAGGAAGCUCUACCCCCCUGAGGACACCACAAGAUGCUUUGGGAUCCUGACAGCCAAACCCAUACCUCAGAUUCCUCACUUUCCUGUGUAUACACGCUCUGGAGAGGUCACCAUAUCCAUCGAGCUGAAGAAGUCUGGUUUCACAUUGUCUCAACAAAUGCUUGAGCUGAUUACAAGACUCCACCAGUAUAUAUUCUCACACAUUCUUCGGCUUGAAAAGCCUGCCCUAGAGUUUAAACCUACAGGCGCUGAGUCAGCAUACUGUGUUCUACCUCUUAAUGUUGUUGAUGGCUCCAGCACUUUGGACAUUGACUUUAAAUUCAUGGAGGAUAUUGAGAAGUCUGAAGCUCGUAUAGGCAUUCCCAGCACUAAGUAUUCAAAAGAAACACCAUUUGUUUUUAAGUUAGAAGAUUACCAAGAUGCAGUUAUCAUUCCAAGAUACCGCAAUUUUGAUCAGCCGCAUCGAUUUUAUGUAGCUGAUGUGUACACUGAUCUUACCCCGCUCAGUAAAUUCCCUUCCCCCGAGUAUGAGACUUUUGCAGAAUAUUAUAAAACAAAGUAUAACCUUGACCUGACCAAUCUCAACCAGCCACUGCUGGAUGUUGACCACACCUCUUCCAGACUUAACCUUUUGACACCUCGGCAUUUGAAUCAGAAGGGAAAAGCACUUCCUCUAAGCAGUGCUGAAAAGAGGAAAGCCAAAUGGGAAAGUCUGCAGAAUAAGCAGAUACUGGUUCCGGAACUCUGUGCUAUACAUCCAAUCCCAGCAUCACUGUGGAGAAAAGCAGUUUGUCUCCCCAGCAUCCUUUAUCGCCUUCACUGCCUUCUGACUGCAGAGGAACUAAGAGCUCAGACAGCCAGCGAUGCUGGCGUGGGAGUCAGAUCACUUCCUGCGGAUUUUAGAUACCCUAACUUAGACUUCGGGUGGAAAAAAUCUAUUGAUAGCAAAUCUUUCAUCUCAACUUGUAACUCCUCGUUGGCGGAAAAUGAUAAUUACUGUAAGCACAGCACAAUUGUAGUCCCUGAAAAUGCUGCACAUCAAGGUGCUACUAGAACCUCUUUAGACAACCAUGACCAAAUGUCUGUGAACUGCAAAAGGUUACCCACCGAGUCACCUGGUAAGCUCCAAAUUGACAUGUCAACGGAUCUUACAGCAAUUAAUGGUCUUUCUUACAAUAAAAAUCUUGCCAAUGGCAGUUAUGAUUUAGUUAACAGAGACUUUUGCCAAGGAAAUCAGCUGAAUUACUUCAAGCAGGAAAUACCUGUACAACCAACUACCUCAUAUCCCAUUCAGAAUUUAUACAAUUAUGAGAACCAGCCCAAGCCCAGCAAUGAAUGUACUCUAUUGAGUAAUAAAUACCUUGAUGGAAACGCUAACACAUCUACCUCAGAUGGAAGCCCCGCAGUGUCCACGAUGCCUGCUGUGAUGAAUGCUGUUAAUGCACUCAAGGACAGGAUGGAUUCUGAGCAGAGCCCUUCUGUUGGGUACUCCUCGAGGACUCUUGGCCCUAACCCUGGACUGAUUCUUCAGGCUUUGACACUGUCAAAUGCUAGUGAUGGGUUUAACCUGGAGCGGCUUGAGAUGCUUGGCGACUCCUUUUUAAAGCAUGCUAUCACCACAUAUCUGUUUUGCACUUACCCUGAUGCCCACGAGGGCCGCCUUUCAUAUAUGAGAAGCAAAAAGGUCAGCAACUGUAACCUAUAUCGCCUUGGCAAGAAGAAGGGGCUGCCCAGCCGCAUGGUGGUGUCGAUAUUUGAUCCUCCUGUGAACUGGCUUCCUCCUGGUUAUGUCGUAAACCAAGACAAAAGUAAUGCCGAGAAAUGGGAAAAAGAUGAAAUGACAAAAGACUGCUUGCUGGCUAAUGGCAAACUGGGUGAGGGCUGUGAGGAGGAGGAGGAGGACCUGACGUGGAGGGCUCCCAAGGAGGAAGCUGAGUAUGAAGACGACUUCCUGGAGUAUGACCAGGAGCACAUCCAGUUCAUAGACAGCAUGUUAAUGGGGUCAGGAGCCUUUGUGAAGAAAAUUUCUCUUUCUUCUUUUUCAACCUCUGAUUCUGCAUAUGAGUGGAAAAUGCCCAAAAAGUCCUCCUUAGGCAAUAUGCCGUUCUCCUCAGACCUUGAGGAUUUUGACUACAGCUCUUGGGAUGCAAUGUGCUAUCUGGAUCCUAGCAAAGCUGUUGAAGAGGAUGACUUUGUGGUAGGUUUCUGGAAUCCAUCAGAAGAAAACUGUGGCGUUGACACAGGGAAGCAGUCCAUCUCUUACGACUUGCACACGGAGCAGUGCAUUGCCGACAAAAGCAUAGCAGAUUGUGUGGAGGCCCUGCUGGGCUGCUAUUUAACCAGCUGCGGUGAGAGGGCUGCUCAGCUUUUCCUCUGUUCGCUGGGACUGAAGGUGCUCCCAGUCAUCAAAAGGACCAGCCCGGAAAAGGCCCUGUACUCUGCUCAGGAGAAUGUAAGCAGCCAACAAAAGGGCCUUUCAGAGAGCCGUGCUGCCCCUGCAGCUGCCCUGCGCUCCUCUGCAGGGAAAGACUUGGAGUACGGCUCCUUGAAGAUCCCGCCAAGGUGUAUGUUUGACCAUCCAGAUGCAGAGAAAACCCUGAACCACCUGAUAUCUGGGUUUGAAAAUUUUGAGAAGAGAAUCGACUACAGAUUCAGGAAUAAGGCUUACCUUCUGCAGGCUUUCACCCACGCCUCCUACCACUACAACACCAUCACUGAUUGUUACCAGCGCUUAGAAUUCCUGGGAGAUGCGAUUUUGGACUACCUCAUAACCAAGCACCUUUAUGAAGACCCACGGCAGCAUUCCCCAGGGGUCCUGACCGACCUGCGCUCUGCCCUGGUCAAUAACACCAUCUUUGCAUCGUUGGCGGUGAAGUAUGACUACCACAAGUACUUUAAAGCGGUCUCUCCCGAGCUCUUCCAUGUCAUUGACGACUUUGUGCAGUUCCAGCUCGAGAAGAAUGAGAUGCAAGGGAUGGACUCUGAGCUUAGGAGAUCCGAGGAGGAUGAGGAGAAAGAAGAGGAUAUCGAAGUCCCCAAGGCCAUGGGGGACAUUUUUGAGUCUCUCGCUGGUGCCAUUUAUAUGGACAGUGGGAUGUCUCUGGAGGUGGUCUGGCAGGUGUACUAUCCAAUGAUGCGCCCUCUGAUAGAAAAGUUUUCUGCAAAUGUGCCUCGUUCUCCAGUGAGAGAGUUGCUCGAGAUGGAACCAGAGACUGCCAAGUUUAGCCCAGCGGAGAGAACUUACGAUGGAAAGGUCAGAGUCACUGUGGAAGUAGUGGGAAAGGGGAAAUUUAAAGGUGUCGGCCGGAGCUACAGGAUCGCAAAGUCUGCUGCAGCCAGAAGAGCCCUCCGCAGCCUCAAAGCUAACCAGCCUCAGGUUCCUAACAGCUGAAGCCUCCAGACGCACAGGCGGCAAGGCGGUGAACCAGAAUCACAGGAACACGUCACAAAGGACGAUUCAAAUUGACACGGAGCAGAAAAAUUGAAGGCAGAAUUUAAAGUUUGAUAAUGAGAUAGAUAACAGAAUAAAACAUUUAAUAUGUGUAUAAACUUUUUGGAACUAAUUGUAGUUUUAGUUUUUUGCGCAAAAACAAUCCUGUCUUCUUUCCCCACUUCUGCUUUGUUUAAAUCACAAGAGUGCUUUAAAGCCGGCACUUAGCAAGGUUUUGAAACCAUUUUAACAUCUUUGGUUUUGUUUUGUCUUGUCUGGUUUUGGUUUUUGCAUUUGAUUUCUGUUGACUUUGUUUGGUGUUAGGGGCUAUGGAGCCUCCCCCUCUAACAGUCCCCAGAACUGGGCAAAGUCCUGACCUCACAGUCGUCCUCCACACCAGAACCUGUCCUGUAGCAGUUGUCAAGCCCAACAGAAGGGAUUCUGACAGAAGCACCAGUGCUGGGGGGUUGGGGGUGGGGGAGGAAGGCAGGGUGGAUGCCAGGUCGCUGAUGCACUUCAUAGUAAGGGACAAUUUUGAGUCAGUGUUGACUGCUGAGUCAAGGCCAGGUUUUCUGAUCCUCACAGUGCUGCAUAGAGGGUUCUUGCCUUAAAAGUAGAGACUUGAUAGUUUUUUCUUUCUGGUCUUUUGGGAACAGAAUAUUUUGCCUUCCCUUUAUCUUAUGCAUUGGAUGAGAUGGGGUGACAGCUCACUAGGGCACCUGCAACAAAAUGAUUGCAGGUAGGAUUUCUGUCACACAUGUACUGAAGACAGUCUAAAGCCAGAGUGAGUAGUAUGGAUUUUUAAAACAUUGUUACAGACAGCAUAUGUGGCUAGAUGCCCAGUUUUCCUCAGAACUUCUUGCCGGGUGGUCCCAGUGUUAGACAUGCUUGCCCAGCCGGCCAUUGUUCUCAGAGUGACCGUGAGAUGCAGUACAGUAGAGAUGCCACAGAUUUGUACUGGAGCUGAGGCCCACUUAGGCAGUGGAGAGGGUACCUCUUCCUGUUCCUGUCCAUGGCCAAUUGUUGCCAGUGUCACCGAAGCUGUCCUGUCAAUACCAUGGGGUCAGCACUGAGGCGGAGACGGCCAGUACUGACACACCUGGGUACAAGUCACUGGUUUAGGUAAGCUAGCUUAUUAGUUCCAUCUCAGAAUGAACGAAGCUAAAGCUGGUGAGGUAUUUGCUGAAGCUUCUUGGUUAGACUUGUAGGCCCCCUUCUCUUACCCACCAAGCUUUCCCUCCCUUCGUGUGCAUUUUCCCAGUUGGUGCUAUGUUUAUGUAUCAUGCUUGAAGUUUAAUUUUUUGCACUGUGACUAUAAUACCUCUUAAUUUACACUUUAAAAAUGCUAUAUGGGUUGGCCAUGCCCUCCCACCAACGUUCAGUAGAGGUUUGCUGCAAUUUGCCGAUUAUGCUUGAAGUUUCAGGCAGCUGAGCCAGGGUGGCUCCUACUUCCCACACAUCCUCCUGAGACUGAUGCUUUGUGUAAUGCUGCACUUAGGUUUAAUUCACCAUUGGUUUCACUGUGCAACCUCCACCCGCACGAGACGCCCAUGUGGAUGUGAACACACAGCCCCGCUUUCUAAGGAACCCCAAGAGAAGGAGAUAUGAACUUCUCCAGGAUAUUUUCACUGCUACUCAUUUUAAACUGAAACUUUAAACUUAAAUUGAGAUCUAAAUUAUUGAGUUGAGUUUUGGGUAAAAUUAAUUUGGGUGACUCAUUUUGACUAUUUAAUUCUGAUUUGAGAAUGUAGUUGUCUGCUUCAUUU